AGACUGGGGGUGGCCAUGCCAACCAGCUGCUCAUCAACUCAGGAAGAUACACCAUUGGCACCAGAGGAUCCUGGAAGCUCCUGUGAGGGGUCAGUGUCCUUCAUGGAUGUGACUAUAGAUUUCAGCAGAGAAGAAUGGCAGCACCUAGACCCUGAUCAAAGAAGUCUCUACCGGGAUGUAAUGCAGGAGACCUAUAGUCACCUGCGCUCAGUAGAAGAAUCGCAACAGAUUGGUGACCAGAAAGAGACCUAUCGGCAAAUAGGAAGCAAAUCAGGAAGUGAUAUUAUUUUCAUCAAGAAGACAUUGGAUACAAAGAAUCAUUAUGGAUGUAAGGUCAUUAGAAAAAUAAUUCAUGUGAACCCAUAUAUUGUCCUCCCUUCCAAAAGACCCCAUCAGCGUGACUCAUUUGAGAAUGAUCUGAAGCAUAAUUUAGAUUUACAGAGUCAUAAUGAACAUAAUGGGCCAAAGAAAAUUAAAAAGAUUACUGAAUAUGGUAAAAUUUCAUCCUAUACCAAUACUGAGCAUACUGGAGCAGGAGAGAAAUUAUCGGACCAUAAUCAAUGUGGGAAAGUCCUCACUUAUGAACAGGUGCCUUGUCAAUAUCAGAAAAUUUAUAUUGGUGAGAAAUCAUAUGAAUGUGCUGAAUUUGGAAAGUUCUUCACUCAGAAGUCACAGUUCAAAGUACAUAUGAAGUCUCAUACAGGAGAAAAACUCUAUGUAUGUGUGGAAUGUGGGAAGGCAUUUUCACAGAAGCCAGAAUUGAUUACCCACCAGAAAACCCAUACUAGAGAGAAGCCCUAUAAAUGCAAUGACUGUGAAAAGUCCUUUUUCCAAGUAUCUUCUCUCUUCAGACAUCAGAGGAUUCACACUGGAGAAAAGCUCUAUGAAUGCAGCGAGUGUGGGAAAGGCUUCUCAUAUAACUCAGACCUCAGUAUACAUCAGAAAAUCCAUACAGGAGAGAGACAUCAUGAAUGCAUUGACUGUGGCAAAGCAUUCACACAAAAGUCCACACUCAAGAUGCACCAGAAAAUCCAUACAGGAGAGAGGUCCUAUAUAUGUAUUGAAUGUGGACAUGCUUUUAUCCAGAAGACACACUUGGUUGCACAUCGGAGAAUUCACACUGGAGAAAAGCCAUAUGGAUGCAAUAACUGUGGGAAAUCCUUCAUUUCCAAGUCACAACUCCAGGUCCAUCAACGAAUUCACACAAGAGUGAGGCCAUAUAUAUCUGCAGAAUAUGGGAAAAUCAGCAGUAGUUCCAACCUUGUUACACGUAGAAAAGUUCAAGUUCGAGAGAAAUCUUCCAUCUGCACUGAAUGUGGGAAGGCCUUCACCUAUAAGUCAGAAUUAAUCAUUCAUCAGAGAAUUCACACUGGAGAGAAACCGUAUCAGUGCAGUGACUGUGGAAAGGCCUUCACUCAGAAGUCAGCUCUCACAGUGCACCAAAGAAUCCAUACAGGAGAAAAAUCAUAUGUGUGCAUGAAAUGUGGUCUGGCUUUCAUCCAAAAGGCACACUUGGUUGCACACCAGAUAAUUCAUACUGGAGAAAAACCUUAUAAAUGUGGUCACUGUGGGAAACCCUUUACUUCCAAGUCACAGCUCCAUGUACACAAACGAAUUCACACAGGUGAAAAACCUUACAUGUGCAGUAAAUGUGGGAAGGCAUUCACCAACAGGUCAAAUCUCAUCACACAUCAGAAAACUCAUACAGGAGAAAAAUCCUAUGUAUGUUCAAAAUGUGGAAAGGCCUUCACUCAGAGGUCAGACCUGAUUAUACACCAGAGAAUUCAUACAGGAGAGAAACCAUAUGGAUGCAAUAUUUGUGGGAAAGCCUUUACCCAGAAAUCCCACCUCAAUAUACACCAGAAAAUUCAUACGGGAGAAAGACAGUACGAAUGCCACGAAUGUGGGAAAGCCUUCAAUCAAAAAUCAAUACUCAUUGUGCAUCAGAAAAUUCAUACGGGGGAAAAACCCUAUGUGUGUACUGAAUGUGGACGAGCUUUCAUCCGAAAGUCAAACUUCAUCACCCAUCAAAGAAUUCAUACUGGAGAGAAACCUUAUGAAUGCAGUGACUGUGGGAAGUCCUUUACCUCCAAGUCUCAGCUCCUGGUGCACCAGCCAGUCCACACAGGUGAGAAACCUUAUGUGUGUGCCCAAUGUGGGAAAGCCUUUAGUGGCAGGUCAAAUCUCAGCAAGCACCAAAAAACCCAUACCGGGGAGAAACCGUACAUUUGUUCUGAAUGUGGGAAGACCUUCAGACAGAAGUCAGAGUUAAUUACACAUCAUAGAAUUCAUACCGGAGAGAAGCCUUAUGAAUGUUGUGACUGUGGGAAAUCUUUCACUAAGAAAUCACAGCUCCAAGUGCAUCAGCGAAUUCAUACAGGAGAGAAGCCUUAUGUGUGUGUUGAGUGUGGGAAGGCCUUCACUGAUAGGUCCAAUUUAAAUAAACACCAAGCAACACACACGGGAGAUAAACCUUAUAAGUGUACAGUCUGUGGGAAAGGCUUUGUUCAGAAGUCAGUACUCAGUGUGCAUCAGAGUAUUCAUACUUAGUCUGAGGAAAAUUCAUUGAGGACAUGUCUUGUAAUCACUGUCUCUGUGAAAUGGAAUGACAUGUAUACUGUUGUAAAUAAAAAUGCCCAUGUGACAGUGCCACACAUUACUGCUCAGAAAAGGACCUCAGAGAAAGUACUGAAUGGAGAAGGACCUGUCUACAUGCUGAGAAGAAACUGCAUCAAUUUGAAACAAUAGGCAUUGAUGAGAAUCCUGUUAGUGGAAUAGGUAUAGUGCCAACUAAUUGAAUAAAACCAUAUAAUAUACAUG